CAGUGAUGCAUCAUCAUGGCUCACUUUCUACGCCACCAGUCUUUUAUCUCAACAAGUGUGCGGAAACACCCUCGCCUGCACCAUCAAACCAACGCUCCCAUUAAGCUACCUAACCAUGGCAAGAAAAGAGCAAAAGGCAAUGGCUGUCUGGUGCAGUGCUCUACUUCUUCUUAUUCAAGCUCGAUGUCGUCGGCUAAGGCAAGUGUGGAGCUGUCUGGAAAAGCAGAGGAAGAUAAUAAUGGAAGAUGGGAAGACAAAGAGGAGCAGCAACCUUUGUAUUUGGCAAGUGAGAAUGGAUGGAAAGUAAGGAGAUUGGAGGAGAAUCAAUACGAGACACGGAAAGUUGCUCAGAUUCAGGCUGAAGCCUUCCAUCAACCAAUGCCUCUCUUCGAUGAUUUAUUCUUUCGGUUCUUCAAGGCGGAGGUACUGGCAGGGCUGAUGUACAAACUUAGGAACUCACCUCCAACCAGGUAUGCAUGUUUAGUGGCGGAGUCUCCGUCGGAUGCCAAGCUGGUGGGUGUGGUGGAUGUCACGGCGUUACGAGACAAUGACGUUCUUCGACACCUUCACGGAACCGAGGAAUAUCUUUAUGUUUCGGGACUCGCUGUUUCGAAAUGCUUUCGGAGGAGGAAGAUCGGUAGUUGUUUGCUGAAAGCUUGUGAGGUGCUGUCAGUUUUAUGGGGUUUCAAGUAUCUUGUCCUUCGGGCUUACGAAGACGACUCCGGCGCUCGCACAUUGUACGCGAACGCAGGCUACCGGGUCGUCUCGGGUGAUCCACCAUGGACGACUUCUUGGAUUGGGAGAAGGCGUCGUGUUCUUAUGAUCAAACAGUGUAAUUUCAUUGAUCUUAUUAGCUCUACCUUUCAGUCAUAACAAGGAUGACAGCAGUGCCUGUGCCAUUGG